ACAAUAGUAGUAGUAGUGCAUCAAGACAUGAUAGAAGUUUGAUUGAGAGAAAUCGAAGAAUGCACAUGAGGGUUCUUUACUCCAAUCUCUCCUCACUCAUUGCUCCCAACUCUUCUCAGGUGCCGGUGCCUGAGUUGGUGGACAGGGCCACGGAUUACAUAAAGGGCUUGGAUUCGAGAGUUAAACAACUACACCAAACAAAAGAAGCAAUUUUGACAGGCGAAGAUGUUUCCAUAACAAGUGAUCAAAAUCAUUUAUUGGAUGCAAAUGUUGCGUCAUCGUCAUCGUCAAGAUCAGUACCCAUCGUUGAAGUUGGAGCAUUUGAGUCUACUUUGGAAGUGAACUUGAUUUGUGGUUCAGAGAACAUGUUUAAGUUGACUGAAGUUAUUAGGGUUCUUGAGGAAGAAGGAGCAGUAGUCAUCACUUCUGCGUGCCACAAAGAGGGUGACAGGGUUUUCUAUACCAUCUAUUCACAGGCUAAAAUCCCUAGAAUUGGUAUAGACACUUCAAGAGUACAUGAGAGGUUGAAGAUGUUGUUUUCUUGACAUCAACACGCGUGGAGGCAUGGAGUAAUGUUGCGAUAGGAUCAUUUUAAAAUGAUCACAUUGAUAUCCUCAAAAGAUUUUUGCGGGAUCCGAGGACAACAUCCCCAGAAAA